CCGAUUCCUCCCCCUCCCUCCUCUUUCCCCCUCCCCCUCCAUAGUCGCUUUGGCUCUCACACUUGACCGCGCCAGCCUGCGCCUCCUCGCGUCCUGAUCUCGUUCACGCCUCUGGCAAGAUGGCCACCAUUCUCGGAAUGGGCAACCCGCUGCUCGACAUCUCCGCCAACGCCGAUGCAGCGAUGUUUGAGAAGUACGGCCUGGAGCCGGGCGGCAUCAUCCUGGCCGAGGAGAGGCAUGCGCCCGUGUACGAGGAGCUGCAGGCCAGGCCAGACGUGAAGUACAUCGCGGGCGGCGCCACGCAGAACAGCAUCCGGGUGGCGCAGUGGAUGCUCCAGGAGGAGGGCGCCACCGCCUACAUGGGGUGCGUCGGCAAGGACGACAACGCCACGAAACUCCUGGACGCGUGCGUUGCCGACGGAGUCAGCGCUCGGUAUAUGGAGGACGCCUCGACCCCGACGGGCCUCUGCGCUUGCCUCAUCAUGGACAAGGAGAGAUCGCUGUGCACCAGCCUGGGUGCGGCCAACAACUACAAGGUGGAGCACGUCAAGCAGCCGCAGAACUGGGCGAUCGUCGAACGCGCGAGGAUCAUGUACAGCGCCGGCUUCUUCAUCACAGUAUCCCCGGAUGCCAUCGAGGCGGUCUCCACGCACACCCGGGAGUCGGGUGCUAUCUACUGCCUGAAUUUGUCGGCACCGUUCAUCGUGCAGGUGCCGCCGUUCCGCGCCUGUCUCCAGAAGACGUUGCCCGAUGUGGACUACCUCUUCGGCAACGAGACGGAGGCGCGUGCCCACGCGGAGGCCUGCGGCUGGGACACCGACAGCGUCGAGUUUAUCGCCACUCGGCUCUCGCUGAUCUCGAUGAACGAGAAGGCCGGCAAGACGAGGAAGCGCCACGUGGUCAUCACGCAGGGAAGCGAGCCUACGGUGGUGGCCCUCAACGGCAAGGUGACCCUCUAUCCGAUUAUCAAGCUGGACCCCAGGAAGAUAGUCGACACCAACGGCGCUGGCGACGCCUUCGUGGGCGGCUUCCUCGCCGCGCUGUCCAAGGGCAAGGACGUCAAGGCGUGCUGCGAGGCGGGCAAUUACUCCGCUUCAGUCAUUAUCCAGCACUCUGGCUGCACCUACCCGGCCAAGCCUGAUUAUUCAUUCGAGCCCUCCUCCUGCUCGUUGUUGUAGGUUUUCUCGCGAGGGAUCCCUCCAAGUGGACCUGUAGAGAACUCGCGCGCUGUCGCUGGUUGUGGCUGAGUUUUCGGCCGUUGAGCAUCCCGCGUGUGAGGACCCCGCCUACCCCUCCUCCUGCGAUGCCGCCCGAGGGAAAGGCUAAAACUCCUCAGCGCAAACGCAUAUUCUGAAGACUGGGAGCCGACUUUUUCCCACCAGCCCUGCGGACCUUGUUGGGGUCGCGCUCAGCUGCCGUGCGAGAUUCAACUGCCUGCGGCAAGCUCCCUUCUCCUUGUGCCUGCGCAGGAGACGCUCCUCAUCCUCUCGCCGCCUACCGUGCCCACUUCGGCCACGUGCAUCCCACGUCUGCCUUUGAACUUGUCGAGGACUCUUCUGCUGCGACAACAAAGUGCCGGUAUCCGAACCUUUGGCAUCCGAGCCUUGUGGGCAUCCUAACAUUUUAAUUCACUGCCAGAACGGUUAGAGUGUCCAUUGCCAUGGCAUCCACAAUCCUGACAAGGUCCAGCUUGCCGUUGUCACGGUGGCGGAUGUCCAGGUCUGCAUUUUGCCCCCGCCUCUGCCCAGAUCCGCGGGCCCCGCCAUCUGCGGGGCCUGCGCGUUAGACGGCAGGCAUGCGACACGCACGUUGAGAGGCGGAACCA